GUCGCUCAUGUCCCCUAAGCAACGUCCUGAUUAAUGCAAACACUGCGUUACUAUGGAGGCCGAGACACAAUCACUUCAGCUCACAUAGUCAUCGAGCCGGGGACAGACAGCAGAGCGGACAUGGACACGGAGGACUCACCUGCCGAGGACAGGAGACUGGACUUCAUAGCGGACUACGUGCUGAGGACUCUCAAACUGAAACGGGACAAAUGGCAGAAGUGCGUGUCCAGCGAGGACAACAGGCAGGUGCUGCAGGACUUCGUGGACAGAGCCGAGCAGAGGACUCUGGUGGUGUCUGUGUCUGCAGGAGGACAGCUGCAGCCCUCCGGAGCCUUCACGGCCGCCGGCUCCUCCGGCUCCUCCAGGACCAAGGCGGUCUACUUUGUGAAGCACAGCAGGACAGCACUGCGUCCAGAGACCAUGAAGGACAGCCUGCUCUACGGGGACCUGUCCUACGCUCCGCUGGAUCAGUUCUCUGCUCUGGUAGAGGAGGUUGUGGCCCCACUGCUGUCUAACAGUAGGAACCACAGUGAAUGGCCCCAGGUAGUGUCUCAGGAUGUCAGACGCCACGUCCACUCCCUCAAGACCAAUGUGUUCGUGGUGUCUGGCCAAGUCCAAGGCAAGACGCUGCUGCCUCUCCCCGCAGGCUCCGAGAGAGUCGAGCAAGCUGCCCUGGAGACAGACAAAAGGGGGGAAAUAGUGGAUAAGACCAUCAUCCACUCCUUGGAGUCAGCAGUGAUUGAGUGGAGCCAUCAGAUCCGCGCCGUCCUGAAGAAAGACUCCUCUGAGGCUCUGCUGGAAGGCAAAAACCCGACACCACACACAGAGCUGCUCUUCUGGAAGAACAGAUAUGCAGACCUGGAGUGCAUCCACUCCCAGUUCAAAUCGUCUAAGGUGAAUAAGAUGGCCAUGCUGUUGGAGGCUGUGGAGAGCAGCUACUCCCCUGCUUUUACAAACAUGCAACAGGAUGUGCUUGCAGCCUUGGAGGAGGCGAAGGACAUCUGCACCUACCUGAGGCCCCUGCAGCGUCUGUUUGAGGACAUGGAGAGCGCCGAGUUUCCUGAUGUCCGGGGUCAGAUCGGCCCUUUGAUGCACACAGUGUGCCUGGUGUGGGCCAACUCCAGAUACUACAACACCCCGGCACGCCUCGUCGUUCUGCUGCAGGAGACCUCCAACCUCCUCAUACAGCAGGCCCGGGUGUACAUAGUCCCAGAAGAGGUUCUGAGAGGAGAGCUUUCAGAGAGUCUCCUGAAGGUGCAAACCACCCUGGAGAUCCUGCAGCUCUUUCAGAGCACUUAUGAGGACCGGAGGGCCAAUCUGAGUCGGUACCGGAGGAACGGGAGCGUUGUGAGGCCUUGGGACUUCUCCCCACUGUUGGUCUUCUCUGGACUCGACCGCUUUAUUAACAGAGUCAGGACCAUUAAGGACGUCCUGUUGACAGCCGCGGACCUGCUGAAGCUUGAAAAAUUGGAGAUUGGAGGCGUCCGAGGCCGAGCCCUCAGCCAGCAGGUCCAGCUGCUCCACCAAGAGUUCGCGGACACUUAUAAAUUGUUCACAGAGAAGCCCUACGACUGCUUGGACCUCAACAACACGGAGUAUGAAGACGAUGUGAGGGAGUUCAAACUUAAGGUGGAUGACACAGACCGACGACUAGGAGCCGUCUUCUGUCAGGCCUUUGAGGACGCCUCUGGACUGGAGCACGCCUUCAAGGUUCUGGAUAUGUUUAGUAGCUUGCUGGAGCGCCCCCUAGUGGCCACAGAUGCUCUGGACAGAUACCCUCUCCUCGUCUCCAUGUUUGACACAGAGCUGGACUGCUGCAAACGCCUUUACAACAAACACAUCCACACUGCAGAGGAGCUGGGUUGGACUCCAGUGAAUAAGAAUAUGCCGGCAGUAGCUGGCGGGCUGAGAUGGGCCCAGGAGCUACAACAGCGCAUCCAGAACCCCUUCUCCAAAUUCAGAAACGUCUCCUACCCGUGCCUGGAGUCUGCAGCGGGAGCCAAGGCCAUCCAGAAGUAUGAGGAAAUGAUGCAAUUGCUGGACAGAUACUCCGGCAGCCUGUACGAGACGUGGACAGAGACCGUGGGCGAGAGUUCUCAGUACAACCUCAGCCUGCCAUUAAUCAGCAGGGACCCGGCCACUCAGCUGAUCUCAGUCAACUUCAACCCACAGCUGGCAUCCGUGCUGAGGGAAGUGAAGUACUUGGAGGCCAGACAGACCGAUGUCAUCCCUGAAACCGCGGUGCAGAUCUACACCACCAGGGGCCAGCUGUGGCAGUAUGUGGCCAACCUGGAGCUCACCGUGGGCCGAUAUAACAAGGUCAUGCACUCUGUGCUCGAUGUGGAGCAUCCUCUGGUCCAGGGCCAGCUCAGGGACAUCGACGCUCAGCUCAAAAAGGCAGAGGAGAGUCUGAACUGGAACAGCCAAGGUAUUUGGCAGUAUAUCCAGGAGGUGCGAGACUCCAUCUGUGACCUGGAGAGCCGACUCCAGAGGACCAAGGACAACGUGGAGGAGAUCCAGAGCUGCAUGAGGUCCUGGGCCAGCCCCAUGUUUGACAGGAAGGAGUGCAAAAAAGACUCGCCGCUCAGCCUGGAGGACAGGGCUGAGAGGCUGGAUAGGUUCUACAGUCUGAUACGGUCCUCUGGAGAAAAGAUCCACUUCCUGCUGAAGAGCAAUCUGGAGCUGCUGGACGCCGAGCAGACCUCCGAGGAGUGGAAGGCCUACGUCGAGUACGUAGACGACAUGAUCAUAGACGGAUUCUUCAACAGCGUCGAGCGCUCUCUCAAGUUCUUCCUGGAUAACACCGAUCAGAGAGCGGUGGCGGCCCCUCUAUUUGAGGCUCAGCUGGAUCUGAAGGUUCCUGACAUGGUGUUCGCUCCAUCUCUGGAGUUUGGGGCAGGAGACGGUUUCUUUGAGCUGGUGGAGAGCCUCAUCAACGAUGUGUUCAGAAUCUCCUCACUGGUGCCCCGCCUCGCCCAGCAUAGCCCCUUCCCCCACUACCAGGCUGACAUGGAGGACAUGGCUGAUCUGGCAGACAUGCGUCAUCUCCUAAUGGAACGCGUGCAGGGUGUCAUGGCGACGUGCUGCGAUUUCCGCAUCUCUCUGGAGCGCUACAGCUACCUGUAUGUGGACGACAGGAAGGAAUUCAUGCGUCAGUUCCUUCUGUACGGCCACGUCAUCACCGGCCAGGAGACGGAGGUUUACGCCGACGACGGCGUCUCAGAGAGCCCACCGACACUGGAGAACUUUAGAGAACAGGUGGACCGGUAUGAAAAGAUCUACGAAGAGGUGCAGGGUCUGGAGCCGGUGCACGUGUUCCACGGGUGGAUGAGGGUGGAUGGACGUAGCAUGAAGAGUGCCUUGCUCAACAUCAUCAAAAAGUGGAGCUUCAUGUUCAAACAGCACCUCAUCGAUCACGUCAACAACAGUCUGUCAGAUCUGGAGAAGUUUAUCAGUGUGGCUGAGGCUGGCCUGAGCCAGCGGGUGGAGGAGGGUGACUAUGGCGGUCUGGUGGGGGUCCUGGGUCACCUGCUGGCUGUUAAGGAAAGACAAAACACCACAGACGCCAUGUUUGAGCCCCUGCAGCAAACCAUCGCUCUGCUGAAGGUCUACGAACAGGAGCUGCCUGACGUGGUCUACAGACAGUUGGAGGAGUUGCCAGAAAAGUGGAAAAAUGUGAAAAAGCAGGCUGUGUUAGUUAAACAGCAGGUGGCGCCUCUGCAGGCCAUCGAGGUGGCCAGCCUGCGUCGGAAAUGUGCUUCGUUCGACGUGGAGCAGCACACCUUCAGGGAGCAGUUCCGCAGCAACGGGCCCUUCAGGUUUGACAGCGAGAGCCCCUACCAGAUGUUGGACGCAUUCCACCGGCAGAUCCAGGAGCGGGAGGCAGUGAUGGCCUCCCUGGUGGAGUCUGCCAGCUUAUUCGAGGUCACCGUCUCCGAGUACAAACAGCUCCGACAGUGCAGGCGUGAGGUGGGCCUGCUGAAGGAGCUGUGGGACAUGAUCACCGUGGUGGAAUCCAGCAUGGCGGCAUGGAGGAUGACUCCCUGGAGAGACAUCCAUGUGGAGGACAUGGAGCUGGAGUGCAAACGUUUCUCUAAAGAUAUACGGGGGCUGGAUAAAGAGGUUCGAGCGUGGGAGGCGUUCACAGGCUUGGACAGCAGAGUAAAGAACCUCCUCAUCUCCCUCCGGGCCGUGGCGGAGCUCCAGAACCCGGCCAUACGAGCCCGACACUGGCAUCAGCUGAUGGCUGCUACUGGAGUCCGCUUCACCAUGGACGAGGAGACCACUCUGGCUGACCUGCUGCAGCUGAACCUGCACUGCUUUGAAGACGAGGUGAGAGGGAUUGUGGACAAGGCUGUUAAAGAGAUGGGAAUGGAGAAAGUCCUCUCUGAGCUCAACUCCACAUGGACAGGUAUGCAGUUCCAGUACGAGCCCCACCACCGGACCCGGGUGCCUCUGCUGCGCACGGACGAGGAGCUGAUCGAGACGCUGGAAGACAACCAGGUGCAGCUGCAGAACCUCAUGUCGUCCAAGUACAUCGCCCACUUCCUGGAUGAGGUGUCGUCGUGGCAGAGCAAGCUGUCCGUGGCGGACUCUGUCAUCUCCAUCUGGUUCGAGGUGCAGCGGACAUGGACCCACCUGGAGAGCAUCUUCAUCGGCUCAGAGGACAUCCGCUCACAGCUGCCUGAGGACUCCGGGCGCUUCGACGGGAUUGAUGCCGAUUUCAAAGAGCUCGCAAAUGCCGUGCAUCAAACGCCCAACGUAGUGGAGGCCACCAAUAAACCGGGCCUGUUUGGUAAACUGGAGGACAUCCAGAGCAGGCUGUCUCUAUGUGAAAAAGCUCUGGCAGAAUACCUGGACACUAAGCGCCUCGCCUUCCCAAGAUUUUACUUCAUCUCUUCAGCUGAUCUGCUGGACAUCCUGUCCAACGGGACCAACCCACACCAGGUCCAGAAGCAUCUGUCUAAGCUGUUUGACAACACGGCUAAGAUGCAAUUUGAAGCAGAUGGAGAGGGGAAUCCUUCUAAGACUGGUCUGGGCAUGUACAGCAAAGAGGAGGAGUAUGUCCCCUUUAAUCAGCCCUGUGACUGCACUGGACAGGUGGAGGUGUGGCUGAACCGAGUCCUGGACAGCAUGCGCUCCACGGUUCGACAUGAGAUGACCGAGGCGGUGGCGGCCUACGAGGACAAACCCAGAGAGCAGUGGCUGUUUGACUAUCCGGCUCAGGUCGCGCUGACCUGCACUCAGAUCUGGUGGACGUCUGACGUCGGCAUGGCGUUCGUCCGUCUGGAGGAGGGCUACGACAACGCCAUGAAGGAGUACUACAGGAAACAGGUGUCCCAGCUCAACACCCUCAUCUCCAUGCUGAUCGGGCAGCUCACGCCGGGCGAUCGGCAGAAGGUCAUGACCAUCUGCACCAUCGACGUCCACGCCAGGGACGUGGUGGCCAGGAUGAUCGCUCAGAAGGUGGAGAACUCUCAGGCCUUCGUGUGGCUCUCCCAGCUGAGACACCGUUGGGAUGAGAAGGACAAGCAUUGUUUUGCCAACAUCUGCGACGCCCAGUUUCUCUACUCCUACGAAUACCUGGGCAACACGCCGCGCUUAGUCAUCACUCCUCUGACGGACAGAUGCUACAUCACCCUGACCCAGUCCCUCCACCUGACCAUGAGUGGAGCUCCAGCAGGACCUGCGGGCACGGGGAAGACUGAGACAACCAAAGACUUGGGCCGAGCCCUCGGCAUCAUGGUCUACGUAUUUAACUGCUCUGAGCAGAUGGACUACAAGUCCUGUGGGAGCAUCUACAAAGGCCUGGCUCAGACGGGCGCAUGGGGCUGCUUUGAUGAAUUUAACAGGAUCUCAGUAGAGGUGCUGUCUGUGGUGGCUGUACAGGUCAAAAGCAUCCAGGACGCCAUUCGAGAUAAAAAGCAGAGGUUUAACUUCAUGGGAGAGGAGGUGAAUCUUUGCCCCUCUGUUGGUAUCUUCAUCACGAUGAAUCCAGGCUACGCUGGCAGGACUGAGCUUCCUGAGAACCUCAAGGCUCUGUUCAGACCAUGUGCCAUGGUGGUGCCAGACUUUGAGCUGAUCUGUGAGAUCAUGCUGGUGGCCGAGGGCUUCCUUAACGCUCGGGUCCUGGCUAGGAAGUUCAUCACCCUCUACACAUUGUGUAAAGAGCUGUUGUCCAAACAGGACCACUACGACUGGGGCCUCCGAGCCAUCAAGUCAGUCCUGGUGGUGGCCGGCUCUCUGAAGAGAGGAGACCCCGGCCGAGCCGAAGACCAGGUGCUGAUGCGAGCUCUGAGAGACUUCAACAUCCCCAAGAUUGUGACCGACGACAUGCCGGUGUUCAUGGGGCUGAUAGGAGACCUCUUUCCUGCUCUGGACGUCCCCAGAAAGAGAGACCUGGACUUCGAGAAGCACGUGAAGGACUCCAUUUUGGACUUGAAGUUACAGGCUGAGGACAAUUUUGUCCUCAAGGUGGUGCAGCUGGAGGAGCUGCUGGCUGUGCGUCACUCCGUGUUUGUGAUUGGUAACGCAGGCAGCGGAAAGAGUCAGGUGAUGAGGUCCCUCCAGAGGACCUAUCAGAACAUGAAGCGCAGACCUGUGUGGGCGGACCUUAACCCAAAAGCUGUGACCAAUGACGAGCUUUUUGGCAUCAUCAACCCAGCAACCAGAGACUGGAAAGAUGGCCUGUUCUCCAAUAUAAUGCGUGAACUGGCCAACGUCACUCACAACGGACCUAAGUGGAUCGUUCUGGAUGGAGACAUUGACCCGAUGUGGAUUGAGUCACUGAACACAGUCAUGGAUGACAACAAGGUGCUGACUCUGGCCAGUAAUGAGCGGAUCCCUCUGAACCCCACCAUGAGGCUGGUGUUUGAGAUCAGCCACCUUCGCACUGCUACCCCCGCUACAGUGUCUAGAGCAGGCAUCCUGUACAUAAACCCAGCAGACCUCGGGUGGAACCCCCCGGUGUCCAGCUGGAUCGACAGGAGGGAGGUCCAAUCAGAGAAGGCCAACCUGACCAUACUGUUCGACAAGUACCUCCCCUCUUGCCUGGACGGCCUCAGAUCAAGGUUUAAGAAGAUCAUCCCUGUCCCUGAGCAGAGCAUGGUCCAGAUGCUGUGCUACUUGCUGGAGUGUCUGCUGACUCCAGAAAACACCCCGCCAGACUGUGCCAAGGAACUUUAUGAGCUCUAUUUUGUCUUUGCUGCGGUCUGGGCCUUCGGGGGAGCCAUGUUCCAGGACCAGCUGGUCGACUACAGAGUGGAGUUCAGCAAGUGGUGGGUGGCCGAGUUCAAAACCAUCAAGUUCCCGUCCCAGGGCACCGUGUUUGAUUACUACAUCGACCCCGAGAGCAAGAAGUUUGAACCCUGGUCCAAGAUGGUGCCCAAGUUUGAGAUGGAUACAGAUACACCUCUUCAGGCAUGUCUGGUCCACACUACAGAGACCAUUCGAGUUCGUUACUUCAUGGACCGCCUCCUGGAACAUCGUCGGCCUGUCAUGCUGGUGGGGAACGCCGGGACGGGGAAGUCUGUCCUGGUCGGGGACAAACUGGGAUCGUUGGACGCAGAGAAAUACAUGAUUAAAAAUGUCCCCUUCAACUAUUACACCACAUCUGCUAUGCUCCAAGCUGUGUUGGAAAAGCCCCUUGAGAAGAAAGCAGGGCGCAACUACGGACCUCCAGGCAGCAGAAGACUGAUCUACUUCAUAGACGACAUGAAUAUGCCCGAGGUGGACGCAUAUGGAACAGUGCAACCUCACACACUCAUCCGCCAACACAUGGACUACAACCACUGGUAUGACCGUAAUAAGCUGCUUUUGAAGGAAAUACACAGCGUUCAAUACGUGUCCUGCAUGAACCCCACAGCUGGCAGCUUCACCAUCAAUCCACGGCUGCAGCGCCACUUCUCUGUCUUCGCCCUGUCCUUCCCUGGAGCCGAGGCCCUGAGCACCAUCUACACCUCCAUCCUGUCUCAGCACCUGAGAGGAGAGGGCUUCAGCGCCGCCCUGCAGAAGAGCUGCCCCACUCUGGUCCAGUUAGCCUUGGCCCUGCACCAGUGCAUCUCCACCACCUUCCUCCCCACUGCAGUCAAGUUCCACUAUAUCUUCAACCUGCGAGACCUCUCCAACAUAUUCCAGGGCAUUCUCUUCUGUACCGCCGAGUGUCUGAAAGCCCCUCCGGACCUGCUGAAAAUCUAUCUGCACGAGUCCGACCGGGUCUACAGAGACAAGCUGGUGGAGGAGCAGGACUUCCAGGCCUUUGAUAAGCUGCAGGCGGACACAGUGAAAAAGUUCUACGAGGACAUGGAGGAGACUCUGGAGCAGACCAGGGAGAUGAACCUGUACUGCCACUUUGCCCGUGGGCUGGGGGAGGCCAGGUACAUGGCUGCAGAGUCCUGGAGCAGCCUCAAUAAAACCCUGCUGGAGGUGCUGGACAGCUACAACGAGGUCAACGCCACACUAAACCUGGUGCUGUUUGAGGACGCCAUGGCUCACAUCUGCCGGAUAAACCGAAUCCUGGAGUCUCCGCGCGGGAAUGCGCUGUUGGUCGGAGUGGGCGGCAGCGGCAAGCAGAGUCUGACCCGACUGGCCGCCUUCAUCUCCAAUCUGGAGGUUUUCCAGAUCACCUUGAGAAAAGGAUACAGUAUCGCCGACCUCAAGAGUGACCUGGCGUCCCUCUACAUCAAAGCUGGCGUGAAGAAUAUUGGCACCGUGUUCCUAAUGACUGACGCCCAAGUGGCAGACGAGAAGUUCCUCGUUCUGGUCAACGAUCUGUUGGCACUGGGAGAGAUUCCUGACCUGUUCCCAGACGACGAGGUGGAGAACAUCAUUGGCAGCGUGAGGCCAGAGGUCCGCAGCUCGGGAUUGAUGGAUACAAGGGAAAACUGCUGGAAGUUCUUCAUCGACCGGGUUCGCAGACAGCUCAAGGUGGCUCUGUGUUUCUCUCCAGUGGGUAGUAAACUGAGGGUUCGCGGCAGGAAGUUCCCUGCAGUGGUAAACUGCACAGCGAUCGACUGGUUCCACGAGUGGCCACAAGAGGCGCUGGAGUCGGUCAGCUUCAAGUUCCUCCAGGAGGUGGAGAAUAUUGAACAUCAAGUGAAGGAGUCAGUCAGUAAAUUCAUGGCAUACGUCCACAUGAGCGUCAAUCAGACGUCCAAGGAGUACCUGGCCAACGAGCGGCGCUACAAUUACACCACGCCCAAGUCUUUCCUGGAGCAGAUCAAGCUGUAUCGCAGUCUGCUGGGCCAGAAGAGCAAAGACCUCACCACCAAGAUGGAGCGGCUGGAGAAUGGCCUGCAGAAGCUCAACAGCACCUCGGCUCAGGUGGAUGACCUCAAGGCCAAGCUGGCUGCUCAGGAAGUGGAACUCAAGCAGAAGAACGAGGACGCUGACAGGCUGAUCCAGGUGGUUGGGAUAGAAACUGAGAAGGUGUCCAAGGAGAAGGCAGUGGCUGACGAGGAAGAGCAAAAGGUGGCGGCCAUUGCUGUGGUGGUCAGCGGCACACAGAGAGACUGUGAGGAGGACUUAACCAAGGCUGAACCAGCUCUCCUUGCUGCUCAGGAUGCCCUUAACACUCUCAAUAAGAACAACCUGACAGAGUUGAAGUCAUUUGGUUCUCCGGUUGCGGCGGUGACCAACGUCACAGCGGCAGUCAUGGUCCUGAUGGCGCCCGGCGGCAAAGUCCCAAAGGAUCGCAGCUGGAAGGCCGCGAAGGUGAUGAUGGCCAAAGUGGACGCGUUCCUGGACUCUCUGAUAAACUUCAACAAGCAGAACAUCCCGGAGGCCUGCCUCAAAGCUAUUCGGCCUUACCUGCAGGAUCCAGAGUUCCAGCCCGAUCUGGUUGCCUCCAAGUCGAACGCAGCGGCCGGCCUGUGCUCCUGGGUUUUAAACAUUGUCAGGUUCUACGAGGUUUACUGCGAGGUGGAGCCCAAGCGUCUGGCUCUGAGCAAGGCCAACGCUGAGCUGGCUGCCGCACAGGAGAAGCUCGCCGCCAUCAAGAGCAAGAUCAAUCUCCUUAAUGAGAACCUGGCCAAGCUGACAGCCAAGUUUGAGAAAGCCACUGCAGACAAGCUAAAGUGCCAACAGGAAGCAGAGUCAACCGCACGCACCAUUUCCCUGGCCAACCGCCUGGUGGGGGGUCUAGCAUCAGAGAACGUUCGCUGGGCGGAGGCCGUAGAAAACUUCAAGAAACAGGAGAGGACUCUGUGUGGGGAUGUCCUUCUCAUCACCGCCUUCAUCUCCUACCUGGGAUACUUCACCAAACGCUACAGGCUCCAGCUGAUGGACAACACCUGGAGGCCUUAUCUCAGUCAGCUGAAGGUUCCCAUCCCAGUGACCCCUGACCUGGACCCUCUGACCAUGCUGACGGACGACGCUGACAUCGCGGCGUGGCAGAACGAGGGGCUGCCCGCUGACAGGAUGUCCAAUGAGAACGCCACAAUUCUCACUUCCUGCCAGCGCUGGCCCCUCAUGGUGGACCCCCAGCUGCAAGGCAUCAAGUGGAUUAAAGCCAAAUAUGGCGAAAACCUGCGUGUCAUCCGCAUCGGACAGAGAGGGUACCUGGAUGCCAUAGAGAGAGCACUGGCAGAAGGUGAAGUGGUUCUGAUAGAGAACUUGGAGGAAACAUUGGAUCCUGUUCUUGGACCUCUGCUUGGCAGAGAAACCAUUAAGAAGGGCAGGUACAUAAAGAUCGGAGACAAGGAGUGCGAGUACAACCCCAAUUUCCGCCUUAUCCUGCACACCAAGCUCGCCAGCCCUCAUUACCAGCCGGAGCUGCAGGCCCAGUGCACCUUGAUCAAUUUCACAGUGACCAGAGACGGUCUGGAGGACCAGCUGCUGGCCGCGGUGGUCAGCAUGGAGAGACCUGACCUGGAACAGCUGAAGUCCGGCCUGACGAAGCAGCAGAACGGUUUCAAGAUCAUUCUGAAGACGCUGGAGGACAACCUGCUGUCCCGUUUGUCCUCAGCUUCGGGAAACUUCCUGGGUGACACGGAGCUGGUGGAAAACCUGGAGACGACCAAACGCACCGCGGCCGAGAUCGAAGAGAAGGUAAAAGAAGCCAAGGUGACAGAGGCCAAAAUCAAUGAGGCUCGGGAGCACUACCGACCAGCAGCAGCGCGGGCUUCCUUAUUGUACUUCAUAAUGAACGACCUCAAUAAAAUCCACCCCAUGUACCAGUUUCGUCUCCAGGCGUUCAGUGUGGUCUUCCAGAAAGCGGUUCUGAAGGCCGAGCCGGACGAGGCUCUGAAGCAGCGGGUGUCCAACCUAAUUGACAGCAUCACGUCAGUCUUCCAGUACACCACCAGAGGCCUGUUUGAAUGUGACAAGCUCACGUACAUCGCUCAGCUCGCCUUCCAGAUCCUGCUGAUGAAUAAGAAAUAAAUUCCUGCAGAGCUGGACUUCCUCCUGAGGUACCCUGUCCAACCAGGUGGAAUAUCACCAGUGGAUUUCUUAUCCCACCACUCCUGGGGAGGGAUCAAGUCCCUGUGCUCCAUGGAGGAGUUCAGGAACCUGGACCGAGACAUCGAGGGCUCGGCCAAACGCUGGAAGAAGUUUGUGGAGUCCGAGUGUCCAGAAAAAGAGAAAUUCCCCCAGGAAUGGAAGAACAAACCUCUCUCCAGAGGACUGUGCAUGAUGAGGGCCCUGAGGCCUGACCGCAUGACGUACGCCGUCAGAGACUUUGUAGAGGAGAAACUGGGAAGCAAGUACGUGAUUGGCAGAUCACUGGACUUCGCCGUCUCCUUUGAAGAGUCCGGUCCGGCUACGCCCAUGUUCUUCAUCCUCUCUCCUGGAGUUGACCCUUUGAAGGAUGUGGAGAAGCAUGGGAAGACGCUGGGUUACACCUUUGACAACAAGAACUUCCACAAUGUUUCUUUGGGUCAGGGUCAGGAGGUCAUAGCUGAACAAGCCCUCGAUUUGGCAGCUAGGAACGGCCACUGGGUGAUAUUACAGAAUAUCCACUUGGUGGCUCGCUGGCUGGGUACUUUAGAGAAACUUCUGGAGCAGCACGCAGAGGGAAGCCACGAGAGCUUCAGGGUGUUUGUCAGUGCCGAGCCCUCCUCCACCCCCGAGGGCCACAUCAUCCCGCAGGGUAUCCUGGAGAACUCCAUCAAGAUCACCAAUGAACCGCCGACCGGCAUGCACGCCAACCUGCACAAGGCCCUGGACAACUUCAACCAGGACACGCUGGAAAUGUGUGCGCGAGAGAAUGAGUUUAAGAGCAUCCUGUUUGCCCUGUGCUACUUCCAUGCGGUGGUGGCAGAGAGGAGGAAGUUUGGUCCUCAGGGCUGGAACAGAUCGUACCCUUUUAACACAGGAGACCUCACCAUUUCCAUCAACGUCCUCUACAACUACCUGGAAGCCAAUCCUAAGGUGCCAUACGAUGACCUGCGCUACUUGUUCGGUGAGAUCAUGUACGGGGGUCACAUCACGGACGACUGGGACCGCCGUCUGUGCCGGACCUACCUGGAGGAAUUUAUCAAGCCUGAGAUGAUGGAGGGAGAGCUGCAUCUAGCGCCUGGCUUCCCCUUGCCUGGAAACAUGGACUACAACAGUUACCACCAGUACAUCGACCACACCCUACCUGCCGAGUCGCCCUACCUUUAUGGCCUUCAUCCAAAUGCUGAGAUCGGCUUCCUCACACAAACCUCCGAGAAGCUGUUUCGCACGGUGCUGGAGAUGCAACCCAGGGACGGAGGAGUUGGAGAGGGCGGUGGGACAACACGUGAGGAAAAGGUGCGUGCGGUGUUGGAGGAGAUUACGGAGAAGCUUCCGGAGGAGUUCAACAUGGCCGAGCUGCUGGGGAAGGCGGAGGAGAGGACUCCCUACCAGGUGGUGGCGCUGCAGGAAUGUGAGCGCAUGAACCUCCUCACACAGGAGAUCAGACGCUCCCUCUGCGAGCUCUGCCUGGGACUCAAGGGAGAGUUAACCAUGACCAGUGACAUGGAGAACCUUCAGAAUGCUAUUUUCCGCAUGGUGCCAGACGGUUGGACCAAGCGGGCUUACCCCUCCAUGUCUGGCCUGGCCCUGUGGUUCACUGACCUGCUGGCCAGGAUCAAGGAGCUGGAAGCCUGGUCGGCGGACUUCGUCUUACCCUCUGUGGUGUGGCUGGCUGGCUUCUUCAACCCGCAGUCCUUCCUCACAGCCAUCAUGCAGGCUAUGGCUCGAAGGAAUGAGUGGCCUCUGGACAGGAUGUGUCUGCAGUGCGAUGUCACCAAGAAGAAUCGCGACGACUUCUCUUUACCGCCCCGUGAAGGGGCCUACGUACACGGGCUGUACAUGGAGGGUGCACGCUGGGACACACAGACUGGCAUGAUUGUAGACGCCCGCCUGAAAGAGCUCACCCCAGCUGUGCCGGUCAUCUUCAUCAGGGCCAUUCCUGUGGACAAACAGGACAGCCGGAAUGUGUACCAGUGUCCCGUUUAUAAGACCCGCCAGAGGGGACCCACCUACGUAUGGACCUUCAACCUGAAGACCAAAGAAAAUCCCUCCAAGUGGACUUUAGCUGGAGUGGCCUUGCUUCUGCAGAUCUAGCAGGAGUUCAGCUGCUUUAUUGUGGUGGUCAUGGUGCCAACAGGGUCAAAGGUUCCAUUCACUUUGGACCAAAUAUUUUAAAGCAAGACUAUGUAACUUCUGAAAGAAUAAAUAAUGCAGUCUUCCUCUAGCAAAUGAAAAGUUGAGUUCAUAAGAAAUAAAACGCAUCCUUGCUCAAUUCAAUACACUCGAACAGCAAGUCGUCCUUGGUCUGGUAUGACCAGCAGCUUAUGGUGGCUAAUGUUAGUCACACGUUGGAUAGAUAUUGCUGUGUGACUGACUGAUUACUGAGUCAGUUUACUGACUUCAUGACUCAUCUCUACUUGUGCUAUUGUUACACUAAGUCUUAGCAUGUCACAGAAGCAAAAUAAGAAGUACUGUAACACACUGCAACUUUAUAUAUCGAGGAGACGUGUUCUUGAUUCCAGCUUGUGAUCACAUUCCACUUGGGUGUCCUAAGGGAAGUUGAGGGUCACAUGACAGAUGGGGACCGCUGAAUGCAUCAGUAGGCUACUUCUUGGUGGCCAUGCUAGCUCGUGUCCUGUAAGAAUGUAAUUAGUGUAGAAGCACGUAACACAACUACACUGAAAAAUGAAUUAAACUAACUACACCAAAUGGGAAAAA